GGCGGGCGGCGAGCCUCCUUGGUGCGCCUCGCCCUGUGCGGCCUCUUCGCCGCGCAUGUCCUCGCCGUCCCAGGCCUCGACGCCGGGCUCUACGGCACCACUCUGCAGGGCGAGCUGGCCCACGCCGAGGAAGCCUCCGCGGUCGUGGACCAUGCUCUGGACCCUGGAGGACGGCGUGGACGCGGGGAGCCUCGGGGAGGACCUCGCGGACGUGCCGCAGGAGGGCACACCUCACCGGAUGCCGACGCUGCUGCCGUCCGACCAGCGGCAGCAGCAGCUCCAGCACGAGUGCGUGGCGCAGGGCACCGCCCAUCGAGUGCCGACGAUGUUGCCGUGCGGCCCGUGACGCGGCCGCCGCCCCUCGGGGUGCUCCGCGCACG